CUCAACGAACGCAUACCUAUGUCUAAUCAGUACAACUGGCUCGCCUCCACGCUUCAGCUCCGCCAAUGAAAACGUGAGAACGAAUAAAAGAGGGGAGAAGGGGGAGUGCACAAGAUGCAUUGAGAGAUAGAUAGAGAGAAAGAGAGAGAGAUAGAGAGACAUAGAGAGAGAGAGGAUUACCCCACAUACAAAAACAAUAACAAGGGAGGUUGAAGAGGAAAAAAAAGCUAGUCACAUUUUACUGACACCUGAAAACGUGGUCGGUGGGGGUGUCGUGUGUGUAUUAGUGGGUGUGUAGAGCUUGUUUGACAGUUCUCCCUGGAAGGCGCUUAUGACUGUACACGGGCACUAGGCUGAAUUCUUGGAAUUUGUGCAAAGGCUCUCUAGUUGUCGGACACUCGCUCACACAACACUUUAAGCAAGCCAAGCAACUGUUAAAGGAAAGCUAAGGAGGACAGACCUUGUCGCUUCAACGUGCCUGAGAUACAUUUUGCAUCCAGGCUAUAUUUUGUUCAUAUUUUAUAUAUUUUUUAGUUUUUGCCGGGUUGACACAACCCCCUAAUGCCAUAUGCACAGUUAAUUGUAUCAGUUAUUUCGGGAAGACGCUUUAUGAACGGAAACUUCAUGACUCUUUCACCUAUUUCAACACGACUGCUCUUUAUUGCUAAACAGAGACCAACGACUUCAAUACAUUUAUAAUUCAUUCGAAGCAACCAGAACAAAUAACGAUGGAUAACAGUCCAGGGAGUGUGAUUCUCUAUGCGGGGUCCUCUGGCAGUGCCAGCCCCAGUCCUGGCAGCCCCUCCAGCGGGUACCAGACCCAGUCACCCUCUUCCCACUCCCAGCCCUCGUCUCCGGAGGACGUCUCCUUCACCGAGAUCGGAGCCCUGAAGCAGAGAGGGGGCAGGGGCACCCCUCCCUCACCCAAACUGGUCUUCCAGUUCCCUGAGGUCACCACCACCCCCGCCCCUGCCCCCUCUUCAGCCCCUGCCCAGCACACCUACUCCCACCCCAUGGUGGGGAAGAGGCCCUGUGGGUUUACCGGAACUUUCUCCAAGACGGGAGGAAUGGUACUUCUGUGCAAAGUGUGUGGGGACAUCGCGUCAGGCUUCCACUACGGAGUCCACGCCUGUGAGGGCUGCAAGGGCUUCUUCCGCCGCAGCAUCCAGCAGAACAUCCACUACAAGAUGUGCGUGAAGAACGAGCACUGCCUGAUCAUGCGCAUGAACCGCAACCGCUGCCAGCACUGCCGCUUCAGGAAGUGCCUCUCCGUGGGCAUGUCCCGAGACGCUGUGCGUUUCGGACGCAUCCCUAAACGCGAGAAGCAGCGGCUCCUGGACGAAAUGCAGAGCUACAUGAACAGCCUCAACGAAUCGGCCACAAUGGACAUAGACUCCUCACCCCCGCCUGCGACCCCUCCCAGUCCGCAGGACAACCAGUCGGAUGAAGCCAUCGGCACCAUCUCCCAGGCCUACCGCGACAUCUUUGUGAGCAGCCAGGACAGACUGGACAAGAAAGGCAGCAACAACAGCAGCAACAACAACAACAAGAAUAACAACAACCCUGCCUCAUUUCAGAGCGUUCCCUCUCCCAGCUACCCCCAUCCUCACCCCCAAGCCUUCCCCGCCCAGGGGUACAGCUCGUACCCCACGACUGGGUACCAGGCCACUUCCCGCUGCCCAGUCGCCCCACGUGACAACAGCCCCACCUUCGCCUUUGUGGACAAUGGCCGCAUCAGCUACCCUACUUCGUCCAAUCAGAGGCAGUCUCAACUCAACACGACAGCGCCCCCUCAGUCCUGCCCUGUCAACUACAACAGCUAUUCCAACAGUGAGACCCAAACUCAAUCUUCCUGUCCCUGGAGGAUGAGCCAAGGCACUAAAGUUCUGGCCUGCCCCCUGAACGCGUGCCCUGUGUCGGCUGUGGGACGCUCCAGCCAGCAGGUGUGGGAGUCUUUCUCACAGUGCUUCACGCCGGCGGUGCGCGAGGUGGUGGAGUUCGCCAAGAGCAUCCCGGGCUUCCAGAGCUUGAGCCAGCAGGACCAGGUCAUGCUGCUCAAAGCCGGCACCUUCCAGGUUCUGAUGGUCCGCUUCUGCUCACUAUUCAACCCGAAGGAGCGGACGGUGACCUUCCUGAACGGGCAGACGUACCCGCUGUCGGUCCUCCAUGCCCUGGGGAUGGGCUCGCUGCUGGAUAACAUGUUUGAUUUCAGCGAGAAGCUGGCAGCCCUGGGUCUGGAGGCUGACGAGAUGGCACUCUUCAUGGCCGUGGUGCUGGUGUCUGCAGACCGCACCGGCAUCGUGGACGUGGGGGCGGUGGAGCAGCUGCAGGAGAGCCUGAUCCGCGCCCUGCGCGCCCUCAUCACGCGCCGUCGCCCAGACGACGGGGCGCUCUUCCCCAAGCUGCUGCUGCGCCUGCCGGACCUCCGCACCCUCAACAACCUCCACUCCGACAAGCUGCUGGCCUUCCGCAUCGACCCCUGAGCCCCCUCCACCGGGCCUGGGCCCGGGACAGAAGACCUCCCCGCAGCAGACUUCAGUCGUGAGAAAAUAAGAACCGCAUUGGCCAUGGCGAACAUCUCCCAGGACACAUUAAAAAAUGUAUGUGUGGAGAUGGACUCUUCUAGAAGUGCUGGACCACCAACAUCUAUGUAUGACCGUAUGACCCCUGGUUUUAUUAUGAUGAUUUCUUUUGUAUGAAAAGACACAUCGUACUGUACCUGCCCGGGGACGUCAUCACAUCCUCCCGCACCGGUCGCCUUGUCCCAGCCUCCCCUGGAGAAUUGGGAGGGGCUGCACUUUCGCCAUACCCCCUUUUCACGACUUUCAGCCCUGCUGCGCUGACCUUCUGAAGACCAAAUACUUACCUCUCACCAGUCUGAUUCUCCCAGUCGCCCUUACUAUAUCCUGACCCAACCACUGCCUCGAAGAGGAGCGCAUUCACUCUAAACAAACUUUAAUUAUGUGUACGCGUAAGAGAAAGGGAAUCUGUACACUGUAUAUUUUAUUAUACAAAUGUGUAUUCAUGUGUGUACAUAAUGUACAAUGUACACACAAACAUAAAUAUAUAUAUAUUUUACUCAUUACCUUGAGUGGGAGGUUGCCAUUUUAAUACAUCAGUAGCCAUUUGUAUGGCCCUCUAUAGGGGAAUAGAUUGGCAACACUAUGUUAGACUGCACAUUGCACAUGCACUAUAUUAAUCACUUUCGUUCCUUUAGGCUAUUGGGUCUAAAAAGAUGGGAAAUGCAGUUUUGAAUUUGGUCGUUGGGAAAUGAAGAUUCUUUAAAAAAGAGAAAGUAAUUAAUGUACAUUUAAUUAUGGAAAAUGGAUCUUCGUAAUUCCUCCAUUUGGGCAACAUCUGGGAUCGGAAUGUCAACACCACCAGCACAUUAACACCUACAUUACGUGGGCUGUGUAAAUACUUUUUUUUUUUUUUUGUAAAUACUGUUAUGAUUCUGUAUUCAAAUAUGUUCUGGUUGGUGAUUUUUCCAUGCCAGAUCAGAACCAUGAGAGAGAGUGAUUCUGGGGUCCUUACAUGAGAAUGUGAGAGUGUGGGGGGAGGGAAAGGAAGAGCCGAGGCUAACUAGUAUCCCUGGUGGAUGGAUGGACCUUGGCAAUGGAGUCAAAUAAAUGCACACAAACAGCAGCAACAAAACCUUCUAAUGGCACUGACUUUUCCGUACAAUCAAUGGAAUUUCCUGGUGAAGAAAUGAAAAUAUGUCUUGCUUGACUGUAAUUUGUUCAUAACUGUGGUCGCGAUGAUUGAUCGCACCCUCCACCCCAUGUAUAUUUUGUAAAUGUUUCCUCUUUAUCUUCCAUAGAAUCAAUAUAAAUGAUAUUAUAUACUGUU